AUGAUUCUCGUCAAAAAACCACUGAUAAGCAAGCCACAAAAAACCAGACAGACCGAUCAAUGCACACGCUACGGUGUUUCAAACCGAACUGUUGUUACACAGAGUUCUCCACGUAAAGGUAUCUGGCAAGGCCAGGCUUUCGAUACCGAUCCAGGUUCGGCCAACUCUGUCGCCUACUCCCCGACUCCAUGCCUGAAAGUGCGGGGUAUGUUGCAGGAGGAGGGGUCAGGAUUAGGCGGUCCGGCUGCCAGAGAGGCGGUUCUAGCAAAGGUCGCGCAUCUGUGCCACAUUUUACAUUGCGAAGCCGAAGUCAUUGCCGGAGUUGUCUAUUUGAAAUGCGCUACCGAAGACGAUGCUGCUGUUGCUUUCAAGAACUUACAUGGAUGGUGGUAUUCUGGGCAAUUAGUAACCGUUAAGUACCUGAGAUUGGAGAGAUAUCAUCAAAGAUAUCCUGAUGCUCCCUCCGGUCCACCUUACCUUAGGAGCAACAAUCCAAUAAUUAAUAACGACUGAUUAGUCUAGUUAUAAAGCAAAUUCUCUAUUUUUUAAAUUUAAAUGUAUUUUUUCUUGUUGCUGAGAUCUUUUGUCACAUAUUUUAGAAGAUUGUAUCUAGCCAAUAAUUUUUGUUGAAGCCUGAAACAUGUGACAAGAUCUCAAAAUUUAGUAUUAAAUUUAUGUUAAUUGUCAAGUAUUUUUGCUGUGGAUUUUGGAAAACAAUACUUUUGCCCAUGACUAUUUUUUUUUGUGUGAAAAUGUUUCUCAAAAUUCUAUUCCAGAAUUCACAGCAUUUUGCGUUUUAAGUCGGCUGACGUUCUGCCAGUUUUCUAGAAAAACAAGGCCAGUUGAUUGAUAUUACUUUGUUUUUAAAAUUUUGAGUAAAAGUUUUUUUCUACAAACGUCACUAAAAGUGUCAUUUUUAACGCAUGAUGUCAGUGUCUAAAAUGCCAUUUUAUGACACUGGUGUUAAAAGUGAUUACUUUUAGCACUAGUGCUAAAAGU